AAAACAUUUGAUUUCUGAACGCAAAACAGGGGCGUAAAAUAAUCCGCCAUCUUGUUCCAGUGACAAUUUAGGAUUUAAUUUAGUUUUAAACCCGUCUUUUUUCAAUUAAUCCGAUAGUUAAAGUGAUAUUUUGUGAGCUGUGGUGUGUUUAAAAAGCCUGUGAUAUUUUUGUGUACAAUUAUUUUGUUUACUAUACGCAUAACUUGACAUUAUUAGUUGACCGAUUUUGACGUCGAAGGAACAACUAGUAAUAAUCAAAAUGGGUACAAGAGAGGACGAAUACGAUUAUUUAUUCAAAGUUGUUUUGAUUGGCGAUUCGGGAGUCGGAAAGAGCAGUCUCCUCUCACGUUUUACUAGAAAUGAAUUCAAUUUAGAAUCAAAAUCUACAAUAGGUGUGGAGUUUGCAACAAGAAGUAUAGAGGUGGACGGCAAAACCAUAAAGGCCCAGAUAUGGGACACGGCGGGCCAGGAGAGGUAUCGCGCGAUCACGUCAGCGUACUACCGCGGCGCGGUGGGCGCACUACUGGUGUACGACAUCGCCAAGCAUCUCUCGUACGAGAACGUGGAGCGAUGGCUGCGCGAGCUGCGCGACCACGCCGACCAGAAUAUCCUCAUCAUGCUCGUGGGCAACAAGAGCGAUCUCAGGCACCUUAGGUCAAUCCCAACAGAAGAAGCGAAGGCGUUCGCGGAACGGAACGGGCUCAGUUUUAUUGAAACGUCAGCGCUGGACUCCACCAACGUAGAGCCGGCCUUCCAGAACAUAUUAACCGAGAUCUACAGGAUCGUAUCGCAGAAGCAAAUGCGCGACCCGCCCGAAGGUGACGUCAUCCGGCCCGACGCGGAGCCGGCCGACGUGCGGCCAUCAGGCGCCGACUCUGUGCGCAAGCAGUGCUGCCAGUAGUGCGAGAAGUCCAGUUAACUUUGGAGUGGAAGAGAGAAGUGAACGGAAUACAAACGCAAGUUAAUGAAUCAUUCCCAAACGCCACCAGCCGGCUCCACCUCUAACAAGCAAUACACACAGACAGACAUGUUGCCAGCACUUCAUAUACAACCUGCCAUUGUAACUACUACACUCCAGCAAGGUUUGAUCUAUACACGUUUCUAGUAAAAAUGCUAAGGCAGUUGUAAUACAAGUCUCUAAUAAACUAAAGAAUGAUGGGCAAAGUGUUACUGUUAAGCGGAAUUUACAUUACGAAAUUAGUUUCACAACAUUCAUUUCAUCAUCAGUUGCAUGUGUAAACGUCUAAUUUCGUAAUGCAUGUAUUUAUUACUUUGAAAUAUGACAAAAUAUAGAAUUGUUCCUCUUUAUUUAUGUAUUACAAAAUCAAUCCACAUUAACACCAUAUUAGUAGGUGUCUACAUUGCACCUGUAUGAAACCGGGGCGGGUCGCUAGUAAAAGAUAAACAAACGCCGAAACCUCUGAGAAACGCCUAAGCGACCCGCUUAGCCCGUCGCUUUAGACCUUUUGGAGUAAGGUUUUUCACUGGUGUUAUGAUUUCGUUGUCAGUUCGCGGUCACAAGUUCGUAUAGGCCGCGUAUGGUGCGCCUUCUACGCAUUUCAAGCAAUAUCAAGUUCGAUUCUCCCGAACAAUUUUGUAUGGGACUUUUUUGUGAACUUUCCACAUGCUUAAACAUCUAGAACUAUAGAAAGAUCUGGACGUGGAAAACUGACUAGGGUACCCUGAGGGAGCUUGAAAACUAUCAUUCGGAGAGGCAUUGUCCUAAAACAAAAAAUCUUCAAAACCUCAGACCACUGGGUGAACCGGUGGAAAAAAGAUGGCCACUGAACAAAAAAAAAUCAUGUCAAAAAAAUUUCCUUAAUUUUCAAGAGGCCCUCCAGAACAUUUUUGUGUGGAACUUUUUUUCUCUUACUAUUUGUAUGUGUAGAACUUAUGGGUCUUUCUUCAGGAAAAAUAUAUCACUUCAUGAAUGUGGAAAAUCUACCAGAGUAACCCAAGGCAUAAUUGAGGGUAUGCACACUUUCACCAUCAUUCUUUAAGAUAACUUACUUUUAAAUCAGUCAGUUAAGAUUGGUAUUCGACCAAAAGCACCUUGUCAAUAUUUAAUUUUUUUCUAAUUGGAAGGUAUAUUUAUAAACAAAAGUGACGUUUGUGGACGACACUAUAUUUUACAGAGCUGGAAACUUGUAUAAAAUCUAAACUUUCACUCAGUCUGUGCGCUCCCAUGAUACUUCGAAGAUCGGUAUUGUUCGUGCAUGUUCGUACGAGUCGAAUUCGUACGAAAACGCAUCCAAAGUGCGUCCAGUC